AUGGCGAGCCAGAUACAGUCUCAACCCGACACUGUAUGCUCAUCCCUCCAAAAGGUUCUCGAUCCAGUCGUCUUUUUCCCAUGGGGAGGUCUGGCACUGCGUUACCUAGGGAUUCAAAUCGAUUUUGAUACUCAUAUGAUUGCCAUCCGCGAUGAGGACUACGAUAUCGCAAACCAGAAACUCAAAGCAGCCGGGUAUGCCACGGCGACUCCCGAUCGCAGACGCGUCUUCGACUUGAUGAACGAGGAUCCCACACCCGUCGAAGUGGUGCGGCGUUUCAACGCCGACAACGAGCGCAUCGACCUACUCUCCACGAUGUUCACCUACCCAGCCGAGGAUCCGUCGAUUGGAGCCAAGCUGGUUCUCAUUCAGAAUUCAUUCGCCUGUCUGCCUCUGCAUGGCUCCCCCUCCACUCCAACCCCCGCCAACCCGGGCCCCAGUGUCGAUACAGAAAAGUACGACACACACGGCACCAUCAUCUACCCUCUGGAACAGGUCUUGCUGGAGAGCUUUGUGCGGGCCGCUAUCGAUGAGGAGUUCGAGAUGGGAAACUCCACGUGGCUGGUGCUCCUGAAGACCUGGAUCACAAUCAUGAUUCGCCACCUUCCCGUGGACAAGACAAUUCUCGAUGACUGUGCCGAUCACACGAUACCGGAUUGGUACAGGGGCCAGUUUGGCCGGAUGUUUGAUGCAAAUGGAGGGGAGGGGUAA